GCAUGUGCGUAGAGCACCAUAGUUCACGGCUGCCUCUUUUUGGUGGAGGAAAAAACAAAAGCCAAAAGCACUCCAAGUUAGACUCCCAAGCAGAGCACCAAAGUAUACGUAGAUCGGUGAAAAUAGAGUCUGAUAGGAAGAGAAAGAAAGAUUCGAUCUCAUCUGCGGAUCGAUCUAAAGAAAGAGGAAAAGAAAGAGAAAAGAGCAAGAAGAAGACGAAAAUGGCGUCGGCCAAUCAGGUCAGGGCAUCUCACAUACUCAUAAAGCAUGAAGGCUCUCGAAGGAAGGCAUCUUGGAAGGAUCCUGAAGGUCGCGUCAUCAAGAACACCACCAGAGACUCCGCUGUCUCUCAGCUUCAACUCUUCCGUGACGACAUCGUUUCUGGCAAGGCUAAGUUCGAGGACAUCGCCUCUCGCUUCUCCGAUUGCAGCUCAGCCAAGCGCGGCGGCGAUCUCGGUCCAUUUGGUCAGGGUCAGAUGCAGAAGCCUUUUGAAGAUGCAACAUUUGCUCUUAAGGUUGGUGAGAUAAGUGACAUCGUGGACACUGACAGUGGGGUGCACAUUAUCAUGAGAACUGGUUAAUUAUACAGUACUGAGUAUAUUUAAAGAUUCUUUGGUGUACUUGGCAAACAGAUUCAAGUAUGACAAGAUUGCUUUUUUUUUUCAGUUAGCUUAAUGCCACCAUAUUGUGCCGCCUCUUGGGUUCUUAUUAUGAGAGAUUUUGACUGAUUAAUGCAUUGUUCCCUAACACUGGUCUGAUUCGUGUGUUUGGGAUUGCAUUGCCCCCUGAAAAUUUCUGCCUGUGGUUUGGGAUAAUUUUUCUGAUUAAUGGAUUUUAUUUAAGCUUUGUUUUA